CACCACUCAACUACUCAAAAGCCGAGGUAGCUAGUGAGAUUCGUGUCACAAUUGGACUCUCCCUCUCCCUCUCCCUCUCCCUCCAUUUAAGGCAUGGGAGUAGUAGAAUUAGAUUACACAAAUUUACAGCACAAUAAAAAGCUAAGGCCAAACAAGAAUAGUGGAGACCAAUACAUUCACUUUAGAGAUUUGUCACUUCAAAUCGAAACUCCAUUCGAAUGGAGAAAGAAAUUCUGGAUUAUGUCUUGGUACCAGUAGGAUUGCUAUUUAUGGUGGCUUAUCACAUAUGGCUUCUUAAUCGCAUUCUUAAACACCCUAAUCGUACGGUUAUCGGCAUUAAUUCCAUUAAUCGUCACUUCUGGGUUCGUGCUAUGAUGGAGGACUCGUCCAAGAAUGGAGUUCUAGCAGUACAAACGUUAAGGAACAACAUAAUGGCGUCAACCCUUUUAGCAUCUACUGCUAUUAUGCUUAGUUCCCUAAUCGCCGUCUUAAUGACUGGCGGAAGCAAAGGUCGUUCUAUCGGAUUUCAUGUUUACGGCGAUAAGAGCGAUCUUUGCUUAUCAAUUAAAUUCUUCUCUAUAUUGGUAUGUUUUAUGGUUGCAUUUUUGUUUAACGUGCAAUCAAUUAGGUAUUAUAGUCACGCUAGUAUACUUAUUAACGUGCCUUACAAGAAGUUGGAUUGUUCAAGACAUAUUGUGACGGCGGAAUAUGUAGGGAGGACAGUGAAUCGAGGCAGCUAUUUCUGGUCACUUGGACUGCGCGCAUUUUACUUUUCGUUUCCUCUAUUUUUGUGGAUCUUUGGCCCUAUUCCUAUGUUCCUCUGCUGUAUUUUCCUUGUUUUUAUGCUUUAUUUCCUGGAUGGUAGUUCGGAUUUUGGGUGGGUUGCAGCAACUGAUGUCGACACCCACACAGAGAGAGUAGCAGUUUAGAUUCAAUCCAAGUUGUAAUAGCAUAUUCAGUAAUGUGCAAUUUUGUUAUGUUCUGUUCAGUUAACAAA